UGCCAGGAGCGGCCCGGCAUGCAGCGCGGCUGAGCGGGACCCCGCGAUCGUGUUUGUCCCUCAGACAUGGUGUCCCUGCUGUCAAGAGGCGUCGGUCUCCUUGUUAAGUCCUUGGCCGGGCUCAGCUGCACACAGGCUACAAGGUGUCAACCCUGGGGACCGGCGGGAUGCAGCAGCCUCCCGGGUGCACUGUCAGCCAUACAGUGCUCCGCAGCAAGGUGGUUCUCAAAGCAGCAAGCUCACGAUGACUUGCCGAAGCGUCCCCUGACGUCCUAUCUCCGUUUUGUGGUUCAGCAGCGGCCAUUGCUUGUGAAACAGUAUCCCGAGGCAAAGCUUCCAGAAAUCUCUAAAUUGCUGGCCCUGGAAUGGAGAGGACUGUCAGAAUCUGCAAGACAACCGUAUAUAGAGGCUGCAAAUGAAGAGCUGUUAAAAUAUAAAGUUGAAGUAAGAAAAUACAAGGAGAAGUUGACUCCUCUUGAGCUGGAGCUGCUGAAGGAAAAACGGAAAAGAAGGCUGGUGAAGAGAAAGCACAUACGAUAUAGACGGGAAUUGACAAUACUUGGAAAACCCAAAGGGCCCCGAAAUGCUUACAACAUUUUUAUGUCUGAACAUUUUCAGGACGCUAGAGGAGCUUCCCUAUCGGGAAAGAUGAAGAGUCUCCAUGAGGACUGGAGAAUACUACCCCACUCACAAAAGCAGAUGUAUAUACAAUUAGCUCAAGAUGAUAAGAUCAGAUAUGAAAAUGAAAUGAAGGCUUGGGAGGAGCAGAUGCUUGAAAUUGGGAGAGAAGAUCUUAUACGGCUUAAGGCAAGAAAGCGACUAAUUAAAGAUCCAGCAGUGAUGCACAAGGCAAAAUCUAUAAAGCAGCUGCCUAAGAAAAGGGUGACGAAAAUAACGAAACCUGCUAGAGGUGGUAAAGAGGCUGACAAGUGGAAGAAUGAAGAGUAACACUGGGGCAGGAUCCAGCUCUAGAUUCAUGGACCUUAAUGGUAAAUUGCAAGCCCAUGCCCUGGAGGUUGCCUCAUCAGGAUGGCAAAGACAUGACCUCUCCAAGACGAUGGCAAGUGAUUGUGUGGGCGUUUCUGCCGUGAAUGGUGUUUUUCAGUCCAGACCAGGAAAGGACUGUCCUGCUGUUCACAAAUGACUCCAUCCAGCUCUGUUGGUUGAUUAAAAAACAUUUAAUAUUUGGUUCUACAAGCUGUUAUUAUUCUGACUGACACUUAAAUUUAAUUUUUUUUAUAUUCAAAGAAAAAUAAAUGUAUUAUAAAUGUUUGAA